AUGCAGAUCGUUGUGAAGACACUGACUGGCAUGACAAUGAGAUUCGAUGUUCAGCCAACAACCAAAAUAAGUGUAGUGCCUUCUAUCCCACUCUGUACUCUUUGCGGAGCUGAUGGCAUUACUGCCGAAAAGAUCCAAGGGGAAGCAACUUCAGUGUUGGCAAAGGCUGCAGCUGAGGAAAUGUGUCGAUUUUGGCAUAGCUCCGAUGGUUCGGCUGUGAAGCAGUAUUUGGAGAAGAAAGUGAUCAGUCAGAUCAGUCAGCAAAGCUGCUUUGAAGCCAAGAAUGAGUCCGUACUCAUCCACUCAUGUGCCUCCUUAGACGAGUUGCUCAUUGAAGCUAGUCGCUUCUUUGUGCUCAAAGCAGUGAACUAUGACAUUGCGGGGCCAAAGCUUGCGACUGGGGAAGCAGCUAGCAAGGAGGCAAAAGCCACAGCCAGUGCAAGCUGUGAUGGAGGAGCCCGCCUCUCACCUAGCUGGGAAGUCGAUCAAGUAUGGCAUGCACUAUUGCUCUUCCCACAGAUCUACAACCAGCUGUGCAUGCGCCUCACGAAUGAGAUCAUUUGCCAUGAUCCACGCUCCGAUGAUGAGAAUCAUGCAGGACGCUACUUGUUCACCUUCAAGCAGUAUGCAAAGUUGUUUGGAAAAGGGCCACCAUCCCAGUUCUGGCCGCUUCCAAGGAAUUGGGAAGAAGACCCAGAGCUUUGCAAGGACGGUUUGAGCCUCAAAGGUAUGAUAGAGAACAAGGAAGGCAUUCCGGUCGACCAACAGAGGCUAAUCUUUGCAGGGAAGCAACUGGAGGAUGAGCGCUGCCUCCAGGAUUACAACAUUCAGAGAGGCAGUGAAAUUUUCCUUAUUGUGCCGCUCUUUCCUGGGCUACGUGCCAGUGAAGACCAGCAACAGGAGAUGCGGGUUCCAUCGGGAAUCUCCUGCGGCGAUUGUUUGGAGUAUCGCACCAGAGACGGCAAUCAACAGCUGGAGCCACUUCUUAGUCUAUUCCAGGGGUCCUCAUCCUGUGUCAGGUCUACGUUGCAAGAAGCCAGCACUCCAACUGCGCAUAGGACGCUUUUGACAGAACGGAUUGUUGAUCAGGAUGCAAGCGCUUCUGCCAUCAACUGGAUCGGGCAAGAUCUAAAUUUGGACUACCUGGAAGGGAAUUUGAGUUGGACUCCACCUGCCCAGCAGACUUCGCUGGAGGGCUAUGUGGUCUACCUGGCCAACAGCGCUAGUGGUGUCGCGCGCGUGUGGAUCCGCUACCUGACCGCCCGCAUCGUAGCCUCCACCACGACGUCCCCCGAUGCCAACGCCAGCGACGAUUCGGACAACACGUCCACGGCGGAGUCCGAAUUGUCAUCGUCCAAUGAGCUUCGGCCAGAAAAUGGGGAGAAACUCGAGAUGGGAUAUGAGAGCGACAGCAGCGAUGGCACCACUACGACAGCGACGGACGAGGCGGAUUCCUACGAUUUCAGCUAUUUCGAGGUGACGCCAAAAGGUACCCAUUUCAUCAGCAUCCCAGAAGGCACUGCUGGGAGCUACACGCACUUCCUGGUCUACACCAAGUCCUCCCUGGUCGAGCAGACAACGCCGGUCUUCUUGACCUUGGAGGAGGCCAGUGGUCGUUUCGUGGUACCCAGUCUGAGUUUUUCGGACUACGACCUGGAUGAGGACCACCAGAUGAUCUAUUUGGGCAUUGCGGACGAUCAAAAUCGCAGCAUCAAUCGCACGUUGUUGGUGUCGGUGCCCUACGACCAGUUCAUCUACCAGGUUCCUGUGGAUACCGACACCAAUGAGUCCACGCAUUUGUUGAUCCACACCGCCUCGGCAACUGUGGAACACCGCACUGCCGCGGUCUUCGAGUUCUUCGAUGCCACUGCCAGCGUCUCAGGCGUCAGAUUUACCGACCUGGAUUUGGACGAAGAUCAGCUGGGCGGAAUCUUCUCCUGGACUCCACCCGCUGUGCCGGACCGGGUGGAGGUCUACCAGAUCUUCUUUAGCGACAGUGCAGCGGGCUCACAGCUGUGGCAGUUGGGAAACGACCUGCCGCGAGGCAUCCAUGCGGUCGCCUUGUCGAACACGGAGCGCAGGAGUGGCAGUACUCAUUUGGUGGUCUAUACCAAGUCCGCUUUAGCCCGGCAAAGCACUCCGGCGAGCCUCCUGAUUAGCGACACCGUCGCCAGCGUGGCGAACAUUUCCUUCCCGGAUGAGGACUUGGAUGCCAGCGAGAUUGGUGGCUUGCUGUCCUGGACGCUACCAGAAGAGGUGACCUAUGUCACGGAGUACAGGAUCUAUUUCGUCUCUCGCGUUCCGGAGGUUGACAUUGAAUAUCGCCGGAUUCCAUUCCUCACCAGGCAACUGAUGAGCGAAGAUGAAGUCAACGCGAGCAUGGCCAACUCUACCGAGGACAGCGACGCCGGUAGCGAGGCUGCCAGCGUCAAUGCGUCCGGCGUCAAUGUGAGCAUCACAGAAGAUCCAGUCAGCGCUGUGGUGACCACCUCGAUGAUGUUUUACCUCAGCAACGUCACCGCCACGCAGAUCCGAUUGGCUUUGGAGGCCACCCUGCAGAGGGUCCUCUUCCUGACGCCCUCGGCCAUGCUGGUGGAAGUCACCGAGGUGGCUCGGCGCCUUGCAACGGCCCGGCGCCUGGCGACGUCGCAGCUGUGGCAUGCAUCGAUCGAUUUGCAGAUGACAGAACUGGAGGCCACAGGCGCUUUGGAAGUCUUGAACGCCACUAGCGGCAACUUCACCGCGUUCCAGGAGAUCAUGACGGAAGAGUUGGUGACGCAAGGCGUGGCACCCGAAGCGGCAGAGUCCAUGAACAUCAUCUCCUUCGCCACACCCACAGUGAGCAAUGCCGAGAUCACCACCAUCACCAGCUCUACCAUGACUACCACCAGCUCCAGCAUCAGCAGCCUCACCAGUACUUCUUCAAGCCAGUCAACAACCACUACAACUUCCCUGAGCAGCACCAGCACUGCGACAACUUCCACCACCACGACAAGCACCACCACGACGGUGGACUAUUGGUUGCGGUGGCUUUUCGCCAAUGUCACCAACGACAUCUCGAACGUCUCCAUACCUGCUGACUUUGCACUGGAGAAUUUCACCCACAUCCUGAUCUACACUUCUUCGGAUCUGGAAGAACAGACCACCCCGCAGGUCAUCUCCAUUCUCGACACCAACGCCUCGAUCAGCGGCAUAACUUUCAUUGACCUGGACUUGGACCGUGGGGAACUCACUGGUGAGGCGACCUGGGAAGAACCCACCGAAGGCUUGGACUUGGUGCACCACUACCAGGUGUAUCUCGCCACCUCGGUAGAUGGCGCGAAUCGUCAAGCAGUGGGCUACUCUGAACCUCCAAUCACCAGGGCUGCGCUGCCGGCGGAGACGCCCCUGCUGAGUUUCAGUCAUUUACUGGUCUACACUGCCUCGAAGCUGGCGGAGCAAAGCACUCCUGUGGCCUUCUUCCUGUCAGAUGUGUCGAAGGUGGCUGCGAACCUCACCUUCUACGAUUUGGAUCUGGAUCUGGCCGAGUUGGGCGGCGAAAUCACCUGGUCCGUGCCGGAGGAUCCAGAGCAAUUGAUCACUGGGCUGAAUCUUUACUUGGCUCAGCUUCCAGACGCAGGUGGUGAAUGUAACUUUUCAGGGACCACUGGUGAAAACACUUCCAACCUGGGUUGCGGCGAAAGCUUCGUGUGCUGCGAGCGGCUGGACUUGGGAAGCUUCACGCCGGAGGACGGCGAAAAAGUGAUGGUUUCACCAGCGAUAUUUUGA